AAGUUCCCUCAGUGAGAAGCAGGAAGUCGGAGCGCCGAGCCUGUCUCCCUAUCUCUGCGUAAGACUAAUCGCUAGCGGACUGUGAGACUGGAACGCUAAUCGUUAGAUUCUUGGCUAGGUCGCCUCUUGUUUCUCGCCUGGCCAUGGCGACAUACACCUGCAUCACCUGCCGGGUGGCRUUCCGCGACGCGGAGAUGCAGCGGGCCCACUACAAAACGGACUGGCACCGCUACAACCUGCGGCGAAAAGUGGCCAACAUGGCUCCGGUCACUGCCGAAGGCUUCCAGGAGCGAGUGCGGGCGCAGCGGGCCGUUGCAGAGGAGGAGAGCAAGGGCACGGCCACCUACUGCACUGUCUGCAGUAAGAAGUUCGCCUCCUUCAACGCCUACGAAAAUCACCUCAAGUCCCGGCGGCAUGUGGAGCUGGAGAAGAAGGCGGUGCAGGCUGUGAAUCGGAAAGUGGAAAUGAUGAACGAGAAGAACCUGGAGAAGGGGCUAGACGUGGACAGUGUGGACAAGGACGCCAUGAACGCGGCCAUCCAGCAGGCCAUCAAGGCCCAGCCGUCCACGUCUCCCAAGAAGGUGUCCACAGAGGAGUUCCGGAGUGCGGUGGCCGUCGCUGCGGGUGGACGUGGAACUCACGACCGAGACCMGGCGGAGAAACCGCCCCGGCUCCAGUGGUUUGAACAGCAGGCGAAGAAACUGGCCAAGCAGCAGGGCGGAGAGAGUGAGGAGGAGGAAGAAGAGGAGGAGGACCUGGAUGGAGAAGAUUGGGAAGAUAUUGAUUCUGAUGAAGAAUUGGAAUGUGAGGAUACUGAAGUGAUGGAUGACACGGAGGAGCAGGAUGCAGAUGAGGAAGAAGCUGGGCAUAGCCCACCCCUAGGUGCCAUCCCAGUAACGGACUGCUUAUUUUGUCCCCAYCAUUCAAGUUCCCUCAUGAAGAAUGUGGCUCAUAUGACUAAAGUCCACAGCUUUUUUAUUCCUGAUAUAGAGUAUCUUUCAGACCUUAAGGGUCUGAUAAAAUAUUUAGGAGAGAAAGUUGGUGUUGGGAAGAUUUGCUUGUGGUGCAAUGAGAAAGGGAAAUCCUUCUACUCCACAGAAGCUGUACAGGCACAUAUGAACGACAAAAGCCACUGUAAGCUUUUCACAGAUGGUGAUGCUGCUUUGGAAUUUGCAGACUUCUAUGAUUUUAGGAGCAGCUACCCAGAUCACAUGGAAGGGGAGGACCCCAAUGAGGCUGAGGAGUUACCCUCAGAAAAGAACUUGGAAUAUGACGAUGAAACUAUGGAGCUGAUUCUGCCUUCUGGUGCCAGAGUUGGUCAUCGCUCCUUGAUGAGAUACUACAAACAGCGAUUUGGCUUGCCAAGAGCUGUGGCAGUUGCUAAAAAUCAGAAGGCUGUGGGCAGGGUACUCCAACAGUACCGAGCCCUAGGGUGGACUGGCAGCACAGGAGCAGCUCUUAUGCGAGAGCGGGACAUGCAGUAUGUCCAAAGGAUGAAAUCAAAAUGGAUGCUGAAGACAGGAAUGAAGAAYAAUGCCACCAAGCAAAUGCACUUUAGGGCCCAAGUGAGAUUCUGAGAGUCUGCUGGAUUGAGUGAUUGUCUCCUGCUCGAGUUUCCUCCUUGCCUGAGGACCAGUGGAACCUGGCUUGUGGGAUACACCCUUUUGCUGCUACUUCACUUGUUCUGACCUAAUAAUAAAAUYAGACUUAUGUUGA